AUCUACCGAACAUCCGAUUCAAGGUCAUAAUUGAUAACGAUCAUCCGGUUGUUCAUGUUCAUGCUACUGAGCUAGCUGUCAAAAAUGGAGACACUUCAUAAUUUUGUUAAUCUUUGUAAAGAAUAUCCAUCCGCGUCUAUUUUGUGUUUAUUUUUAAUUGGAUACAUUUUAUAUUACUUUAACUGUGUUGCAAAGAAGCCGCUGCUAGCCUGCAAAGACAAGAAGUUACGUCAGUUUCUUGCGAACCAUGUUCCAAUUGUGUUUGAGAAGUUCUGGCCGACCUUUUGGUGCUUCGAGAGCAGAGCUAUGACAAUCAUUCGAUCUUUUAUAGAAACUUCGCCAGACAUUAUGUAUGAAUGUGAACUGUUGUCGAUGCCUGAUGGAGGUCAGGUACGACUAGACUGGAUGAACAAUAAUGACAGCCCUCAAUACCCAGACAAUGACACAAGACCUACAGUUGUUAUGCUUCCAGGACUUACAGGGACAAGCUUUGAAAGCUACAUCCUAAACCUUGUAAAUGAAGCUAAAAAGCUGGGAUACCGAGUGGUUGUGUUCAAUAACAGGGGAAAUGGAUCAAAACUGUUGACGCCGCGCACCUACUGCGCUGCUAACACAGAGGAUCUGGGGCGUGUGGUCCACUAUGUGAAGUCAAAAUACCCGGACGCUCCACUCAUGGGCACGGGAGUCUCCCUUGGAGGAAUGAUCCUGUUCAGUUACUUGGCGAAGACAGGCAAGGACUGUGGAAUGUUAGCAGGGAUGUGCGUUUCCAUGGCGUGGAACGUGUUUGAAUCUGUGGAAACGCUGGAGAAGCCAGGUAUCAACAAACACAUACUCAACAGAAUGCUGGCGAAAGGCCUUGUGGAAAACUUUAAAAAGAAUAUGCAUCUGUUUGAAUCCCACAUAGAUGAUGUACAUCAUGUAUUAAAGAGCACGACUAUUCGCGAGUUUGAUGACCGUUUUACUGCCCCGAUGUUUGGGUACCAGACUUGGGAGGAUUACUACCGUGACGCGUGCAUACAUGACAAAGUCCACGCCCUAGAGGUCCCUGUGCUUUGUCUAAAUGCUGCCGAUGAUCCAUUCUCCCCCCAUUAUGCCAUUCCAGUAAAUGAGGCCGAAGAUAAUGACAAUAUUGCCAUCCUGGUGACAUCACACGGCGGCCAUAUUGGAUUCCUGGAUGGACUGUUACCACGGCAACCAACGUACAUGUACAGAAUGUUCUCACAGUACAUGGAUGGCGUUUUUAAACAUGCCGGAGAAUAUAUCCAUAAAAAUGAAUAGACAAAUUUUCCAUGCCAUGUUUUUUUCUUGCCAGGAAAAGUUGAUAUUUUUAACGCCAAUGGGAUCAAACAGUUUAGCUUUAUGAUUUUGAUAAAGUUUAGCAUUUGUUUUCAAAUGGUGUAGCAAACACGCUACCCAUUAGCGAACUGUCUCACACAAGUACAGUUGGCUGAUGAAGAUUUCUAUCGUAUUGCUUUUUUUUUCUUACUUAUUUUAACGGCUAGCAUCCAAUGCUGUAUGUAACUGUUAUUUCUUAUGCAGUCCGUGACUAGCAUUAUACAUGUAGGGAUAAUAUUUUGCUUCACUGUGAUAUCAGUAACUUUCUUUUAUUUGAAAAUGAAAAGAAAAUAUAUUGCUUCGCAUAAUCUUACAUUUACCUUAAAAUGACUUAAAAACAGGUAUAACCCAUAUACUCCAGUAUAUAAUAAACAUUACAGUUUCUUAAAGAAAUUAAGUGAAAAGGGUAUGCUUCAAUGUUAUUUAUUCAAAUUAUUGUUUCAAAUCCCCCUCAUUUGUAGCUUGUUGAUGUAAAAAGUCAAAGUCAAAGCCUUGAUGUUUGAGACGGCAAAUAUCCUAGGCAGUGUCAUGGGUAAUGCUACACAUUGACCUGUUUUUUGUAAUCAUAUUAAACUUGGUACACAUGUUGCAUGAGACAAUGUGGACAUAUGUAGAAAGGCACAUAACCCUGGCUCUAACAAUUGUCGAGAUAUUCGCCUUAUUCGACUAAAACAUACAAAACAGACAAGCAUCUGAAAUCCCUCCAAAGCGCUCUUGUUAUUUAUUUUUUGUUCAGCUGCUUUAUGCACUUCUAUUUUCUUUGAAAUGAGCCAAAAUGUCAGGUUACAUAAAUGUAUGUUUCAAUAUAUAUACCGGUAAUUGAAAAAGUAGGGGGCCAACUUAAUAUCAGUUUUCCAGUGUUAAAACAUCAAAUCUCAUAAAUACUUCAUAUAAUUUUUGAAUUCUAGUUAUUCUGACAAAAUGGAAUAUACUGACAUAACAGUCAAUGAAAAUAGUUUUCAGGGUAAGAAGUUCAUGACAAUUAAUUGUUUAAAUAAAGUAGAACUAUUCUUUGAAACAUUUGUUAUGGUAAAUUGAUAUAUUAAGUGAUGUCCUAAUUAACUAAACUAACUUUUGAUUAAACACCAGUAUCAAACUAAUCAUAUGAUGUUUAAAACAUUUUUUUUAUUUUAUUUUUUUUAGGAAAUUUAUUUGUAAAUUUAGGAAACUCAAUUAAAUUUAAGGAAAUUGAUUUAAGGUAGGAAAUAACUUAAGAUCUUUUAUGAAUACCAGCCCCAACAAGAAUGGCGAGGAGCUGUAUUCUUAAAGCAUCUAAUGUCGUUUCCUUAUACUGACUGUAAGUUGAUUAUCAUAGUCAAAUAAAAAGAAAUGUAUAUUCCUUUGAAUAUUAGGAUAUUAUAGUAUUUCUUUUCAAUUACACCAAAGAAAGAUAUUUUGGAAAAUCUUUAUUUUUUGUUUCAUAUGACUAAAGAGAUACUUAAAUUUGGAAAGUGACUUAUGCAAGAAAAUGUUUAAAAAAAGUUUUUUUAUGAAUAUCACUCUAAGUACUUAAAGCCUCAGUCUGAAAAUGUGCAAUAUUAUGAUAUGAUGUUGUGUUUGUUAUUAUGUAUUUAUUUAGCUUUAAUGUUGUGUUAGAUUGACAUAAGUAUAAAUCUCCCACUAGUUGCACUUGAGGAGACUUUAGGUUUGUGUCCCCAAAUAGUAAAAAUACUUCUGUUUUUAACUGGAACCGACCAUCACUUAAAGAGUAUUUAUACUAUGUUGAUGAAACUUGGUUUCUUGACUGAUGGCAAUAAGAAGCUUAUGCCUGUCACUUAAGAAAAUUAUGUCAAACACUAUGAAAGUGUUGUUAUUGCACCAUCAAAAGUUUUGAAAAAUGAUCUAACUGAAUUUGGAAAUAACUCCAAAAGUUUUAAAGCUAUGUUCUUGAAAUUUGAGGAUAAUAAGGAGAUUAUGCACAUGAUUUUUUUUAUCAAACAUAAAUUGUGGUUGCCAUGGCAACAGAAAAGAAAAAUACCUCACUAAGGAAAAACGUAUAGGUUCAUGAAACCAAGGUUGUUGAGAGUGAAAAAUCUUAGAAAAAUGUGGUUGCCAUGACAACAGAAAAGAAAAUACCUCACUUUGUAAAAUAGUAUAGGUUUUUGAAUCAUAGAAUGCUGAGAAUGAAUCUUUGACAAAUGUGGUUGCCUUGGUUGCAGAAAAGAAAAUAGCUAGGUUUAUUAAAUUAAGUAUGUUGAGAGUGAAUAAAUUUGGAAAAAUGUGAUUGCCAUUACAACAGAAACGAAAAAACGUCAGUCCAUAAACAAGUAUAGGUUUUUGAAUCUUAGUAGGUUGAGAGUGAAUCUUGGAGCAAUGUGGUUGCCAUGGUAACAAAAAAGAAAAUACCUAGGUUUAUAAAACUUAGUGUGUUUAGAUGAAUACUCUAGGGAAAAAGUGGUUGCCAUGGCAACAAAAAAGAAAAUACCUCACUUAGUGAAAAUGUAUUAUCAUAGGUUCAUGAUAUUUAGUAUGUUGAGAGUGAAUAAUCUAGGAAAAAUGUGGUUGCCAUGGUUAUGGAAAUAACUAAAAUACCAGUCUGGUAAAGUUUAUACUACAGCACUCAUUAUUUUUAAUGUAAACAGAUUAUAAGGUAUUCAUGAACAAUAUAUAAGUAGUCAUGGUUACUAUAGCAACAAAAGAGUAAAAAAGUAUCAUUUUCUUUUACCAUGAAUUUGUUAACAAAUAUAGGACAUACAUGUUCAUUGUCAAACAUAUCUUGCCAAAUGUUUAAACUUGUCUAGUGCAUGUUUUUAUGUUUAAAUAUUGAUAUAUAGGUUUUGCUUACUUUGUUAUUUUUUCAUAUUCUAUUUAAUCAACUUAUAGCACAACGUGUAUUGAAGUCAUUUUCUACUUGUGAAGAAUACUUACAAUAUUUACCUUUUAAAUGGCACUCUCACAAAUUUACCAUUUUGACAACAUUUUAUUUUUGUCUUUGAAUGAGCCUUUUUAGUAAAAACAUGUAUUUCAAAACUAUUGAUAUAAGACUGCUGACAAAUGAUCAGAUCGCAGUUUAUCCUAUUUACGUUCGAAAAUUAAUGAUUUUUUUUAAAGUAUUAUUUACUCUUUAAGAAAAAUGUAUAAAAGAAAUAUGUUUUGUACAUAAAUAUGAAAACUUGCGAUUUGAUUUUUGCCAGCAGUCUUAUAUCACUGGUUCAAAUGCAUGUUUGCAAAAAUUAGAUUGUUCCAAUAAAAACAAUAAAAAACUGCACUGUUGUCAAAAUGUUUAAUAUGACGGUGUGAGAUUGCAGGUUUAAACAAUAAAAAACUGCACUGUUGUCAAAAUGUUUAAUAUGACGGUGUGAGAUUGCAGGUUUAAACAAUAAAAACUGCACUGUUGUCAAAAUGUUUAAUAUGACGGUGUGAGAUUGCAGGUUUAAACAAUAAAAAACUGCACUGUUGUCAAAAUGUUUAAUAUGACGGUGUGAGAUUGCAGGUUUAAACAAUAAAAAACUGCACUGUUGUCAAAAUGUUUAAUAUGACGGUGUGAGAUUGCAGGUUUAAACAAUAAAAACUGCACUGUUGUCAAAAUGUUUAAUAUGACGGUGUGAGAUUGCAGGUUUAAGGA